UUUUUUUUACAUAGAAAUUUUAUGUACAUAUGUAUAUAUAAUAUAUUUAGGUUGUAUUAGCAAGUCAACCUGAUUUAGAAUGUGGUUUUGCUCGAGAUUUAUUUAUUCAAUGGGUUGAAAAUGAUAAAAAUAGUAUUAUAUUAACAACAAGAACAUGUCCAGGAACAUUAGCAAGAGAAUUAAUUGAUAAACCAAAUCUUACAACAAUUGAAGUUGAAGUACGUCGAAAAGUUCCACUUGAAGGUACUGAAUUAGAAGAAUAUAUGGAACGACAACGAAUUUUAAAUGAACAAAAUGCUGCUAAAGCUCAAGCAGAAAAGAAAAAAUCUCGUAAAUCAUCUAAACAUUCUGUUGAUGAUGAAACGGAUGUUGAUAUUAGUAUGAAUGAUUAUGAAGAAGAAGAAGAAGAAGAUGAUGAUGAUGAAGAUGAUGAUGAUAAUGAUGAUGAAAAUCAAGGUAAUAAUAAAUCAAAAUCAUCAACAACAGAUAAUACAAUUGAUACUGGUCUUGCUGAUGACUUAAGAGGAAAUUCUUUACAUACACCAUCAGGUACUCGUCUUCCAUCUCAAUCACCAUUUGCACCAAAACGUAAAGCAUUUGCUGUGUUUCCAUAUAAAGAAGAAAAAUAUGUUUGUGAUGAUUAUGGUGAAAUAAUUAAUCCAGAUGAUUAUAUGAUUGUUGAAACAAAACCAUCAAUAACAAAUGAUUUAUCAUCAAUGAAUUUUGGUGAUUCUGAUGAACGACAUCCAUCAAAUGAAUUAAUUGAUAUAACAAAUACUAAUAAUACAUCAAAUAUGAUGAUGAUUAUGAUGCAACAAGCUUCAACUAUUUUACCAAAUAAUCAAUCUCAACAUCCAUUAAUUCAACAAGUUCAACAUCAACCAUCAUCUAUACCAUUUAAAACUUUACGUGAUAAACGUGAAUUAAAAAUAAAUGCUAAAGUUUUAUAUGUUGAUUUUGAAGCACGUAGUGAUAGAGAAUCAAUUGAAAAAUUACUUAAUCAAAUUAAACCAAAAAAUUUAAUAUUUAUUCAUGGUACACAAGAUUGUAUUGAACAAUUAGAAAAAUAUUGUACAACAAGACAAAUUGUUCAAGGAAGAAUAUUUUCACCACAUGUUGGAGAAAUAGUUGAUGCAACAACUGAAAGAAAUCUUUAUCAGAUCAAACUCAAAGAUAGUUUACUUAGUUCAAUAACAUUUGCAAAAACACGUGAUGUUGAUGUUGCUUGGGUUGAUGGUAUAAUUACUCAUGGUGCACCACCACCUACAACACCACUCACAACAACUACAUUUACUAGUAAAUUUUACAUGAAUACAUUCAUGAAAAAAA